GAAUCCGAAAGGAAAAACAUGUCGGAACUUCUGGCUUCCCUGGAAACAGCCUCCCAUCGGAACAAUGGCUUGAAGGCAUGAGUCACUCUUUAAGAAUAUAUCAGUAACAGUAGACUACAUCAGAGCAGAUUAAUUCGCAAUCCUUUUGUGUGCUGAAAAUGUCAAAGGGGACAAAGGUCCCUGGUUAUAUGCAGGGGAAAGGAAGCAGAAAUCCAAGAGGAAUCAUUGGGGACAGGGAGAUUCGGUACAAAUGUUCCUUACAGAACACAAUUCUUGAUGUGCUGCGAGGCCGGCCGGGCUGGCAGGAAGUACCAGGUCAAAAUAAUGUACAACAAAAUGUACAGACUAAUGCAAAACAACAGGGUCAACAAUCCACUGGCCAGCCAUCAACCAAUACUGGCAAGGCAGGAUCAGGUACAACUUCCACUCAAGGGACAACCUCUGGAAACAAGGGAAGUGUAAGAAUUACCCAACAAGGCCCAGCUACACAAAACACAGUGCCCACAAGAAUGGGUUUUCAAAGCAUUCCUCCUAUUACACGGAACAGUGAUGGGGACUGGGAUUUUUACUGGUGUGAUCGGGAGUGGCUCGCCCAGAAUUACGACACCAUGUUCCUGUACGAACAUCAGAAAAUACUACACUUCCGAAACCACUAUGAGUUAACAAGAAAGAAUUUAAUGGUUAAGAAUCUCAAACGACUGAAGAAACAAACGGAGAGAGAACAAGGCAAAGCUGAGGGACUGAGCUUUGAGUUCUUUCCAACAACCUAUGAACUUCCGUCUGAAUACCACAUAUUUGUUGAGGAGUUCAAGAAAAAUCCUGGAAUUAUUUGGAUUAUGAAGCCAGCUGCCAGAGCUCAGGGGCGAGGCAUCUUUCUGUUCCGGAGGUUGAAGGACAUCACGGACUGGAAAAAGGGAGAGUACCAGCCUCUGAGUGACCCAAACCGAGAAGUACCAGAAACGUACGUGGUCCAGCGGUACAUAGAGAACCCGUAUCUCAUUGGUGGCAGGAAAUUCGAUGUUCGAGUCUACGUUUUAGUAGUUUCAUACAAUCCCCUGAAAGUUUGGUUGUACAGGAGUGGAUUUGCUAGAUUCUCUAAUACAAGAUUUUCUCUUGAUUCUAUUGAAGAUACAUAUGUUCAUUUGACCAAUGUUGCCGUUCAGAAAAAUGCCCCAGAUUACGAUCCUGACAAGGGAUGUAAAUGGUCUACCCAGCAAUUACGGAAGUACCUCGCUGCCAAACAUGGUGUGGAGGCCGUCAAAAAGGCAUUUAAAGGGAUUGACAACAUCAUCAUUAAAUCAUUACAAAGUGUUCAAAAAAUCAUCAUCAACGAUAAACAUUGUUUUGAGAUGUAUGGUUAUGAUGUUUUAUUUGAUUCUGAUCUCAAACCGUGGUUAAUAGAAAUAAAUGCCUCACCCUCGCUCACAGCGAGUGGAAAAGAAGAUUAUGACCUUAAAUUUGGACUUUUAAACGACCUUUUAAAUGUUCUUGACCUUGAGAACCGACUGACAGGUAAAGAAAAGCGGGUAGGGGGCUGGGACUUAUUGUGGGAAGAUGGGCCUAUUUUAGCUGACGAUGGAAACAUGGAAUGUACUCCUAACGGGACAACAGCUUCCAUUCCCAACUCAUUCCUAGGUUGCCAUAAUGACAGAAAAAGACAGUUAAGGGAAUUGUAUACGGCUGCUCAGUCCAUUAAGAAGUCAUGACAUGAUAAGACAUGGAUAAAAAGCAGCAAAUUAUACAAUGUACAGAGGAAACUGACCUGCGAUUCUUAUAUUUAUGGAUAAAAUAUACGAUACUUCAACCCUGUGAAACAUUUUGAGUUUCAUUUGUUCAGUAAGGCUUGCCUCUGUGUUCCAUUUUCCAGCAUGACAAAAUAUUUUCCAAGAUUAAAAUCUUACAAAUAAAAGAAAAAAAGACUUGGAA